AUAACCGUUAACUUUCUUGUUAUGAAGAUUCUCUAGCUAUCUUUCUUGCUCCGAUCUCUUCCACUUUCCGUUCUUUGCUUUCCCAAGCGAAGAAUCUCUCUCUAUUUCUCCCUCAAUGAAAACUAUCGCUUUCCUUUCCCUAUCAGAGAUUCCCAACUUCUUUACUUUCUCAAAAACACAAGCUUUAUCAGCAAUGAUGCCUUUGUUCUUCUGCCUAUCUAUCUAUCUACCUCUCUGCUACCGUUCUUUUUUCUUUCUCAGAGGACGCUUUCUCUGUCUCUCUCCCUCUCUGUCUGUCUCUCUCUCUUAGUCCUUUUCAUUUACGCCUUCGCUUUUUUGCCUUCUUGGAACUCCGGUGGGAAAUCUAUACAUACCUUCCCAAACCCCACCAUUUAUGUCUUCUUCCGGGAGCGUCAACCACCUUUCUCAGCGCUGUAUUUACGAGAGGAAGUCCUGGUUUAUGAGAUGGCUGAGUAAGCUUUUCAAAGGUGGUUCUAAUAAUCGCAGGCAGGCUGCUACUACACAUCCACCCCCACACUUUAUAGGAGACGAAAACAUGGUUUUACGUGCUCCUGUUAGAUCCUUGGACAAUCGCUCAAGGACUGAUAAAGAGAAGGAAGAAUUAGAUCGAGCAAUUUCACUUUCUUUAGCCGAAGGUUUAAAGAAACCAAAUGGAUAUGGAUGGCGAGCUAAAAAUGACGAUGAUCUUGCAAAAUCAGUUCAAGAUGACCUUCACUCAUCACAUCCUCCAUAUGUUCAUAGAGAAUAUCAGCCAACGGGAUAUAGAAUAUGUGGUGGUUGCAACCUUGACAUUGGUUAUGGAAAUUACUUGGGAUGCAUGGGAACAUUUUUCCAUCCUGAAUGCUUUUGUUGUCGUGCUUGUCGUUACCCAAUCACAGAACAUGAGUUCUCUUUAUCAGGGAAGGAUGCAUACCACAAGUCUUGUUUCAAAGAGCUUACGCAUCCCAAGUGUGAAGUCUGCUUUCAAUUUAUUCCCACAAAUGGAGCUGGGUUGAUUGAGUAUCGAUGCCACCCCUUCUGGUCCCAGAAAUACUGUCCUGUACAUGAACAUGAUAACACAGCAAGAUGCUGUAGUUGUGAACGAUUGGAGUCUGUGAAUGUGAGAUACAUAUCUUUGGGAGAUGGCCGGAGUUUAUGUUUGGAGUGCAUGGAAUCUGCAAUAAUGGACACUGGUGAUUGCCAACCACUUUACCACACAAUUAGGGAUUACUAUGAAGGAAUGAACAUGAGACUUGAUCAACAAAUUCCCAUGUUACUUGUUGAAAGACAAGCCCUUAAUGAAGCCAUUGUUGGGGAAAAACAUGGCUUCCAUCAUAUGCCUGAAACAAGAGGCCUUUGUCUUUCCGAGGAGCAAACUGUUACAAGUAUACAGAAAAGGCCGAAAAUUGGGGGUCAUGCGAUGAUAGGAAUGAAAACUCAACAUCAGAAAUUGACUCGAAAAUGUGAAGUAACAGCGAUUCUUGUUCUUUAUGGUCUCCCGAGAUUACUAACCGGUGCGAUUCUUGCUCACGAGUUGAUGCACGGCUGGUUACGUCUUAAAGGGUAUAGGAACCUUAAUCCGGAUGUAGAAGAAGGUAUCUGUCAGAUGCUUUCGUAUAUGUGGCUUGAAUCGGAGAUUAUGCCCGGAUCGACUUCAUCAGCUCCGUCGUCAUCUUCUUCGGUUUCAAAGAAAGGUGGGAAAUCUAGGGUUGAGAAUAAAUUGGGUGAAUUUUUUAUGCAUCAGAUUGCCCAUGAUGCUUCGCCGGCAUACGGAGGAGGAUUUAGGGCUGCUAAUGCCGCCGUGAAUACAUAUGGCCUCCGUAGUACGCUUGAUCACAUUCGGCUAACCAGAAGCUUUCCCCUGUGAUAUUCUUCAAGAUUCAGUUCACUCCUGUAUUUGCAGGUUUACUAAAUUGUCCCUCGAGGAUUGAGUUAUUAAUGGAGGCUUUACCAAGGAACCCAAGUUUUUGUGGGGUCAUUUUGGGGAAUACACAUACACACACGAGGAAGAUGACAGGACAAAUAAGUGUUUUUAUUUUAUUUAUCUUUUAAUAAACUUCGAAGUGUUUUCUUUCUCUUUCUAUUACUAUUUGGUAUUGAGGUAUUGUAUUUGACUAUUUGUAUUUGUAUUUGGAAUUAACACACAAAAAAAUGUACUUGAGAAACUAACACACAAUUUAUUAAAGAAUGGAGUAUAGCAUCCAUUUACGUUCA